AUGACAUCACGACCGGCAUUCAAGCUCAGUAGCUACGGGAUGUCACAAGUACAAUGGGAUAUGCUUAAAGAAUGUACUGAAUGUCUUGAGAUAUUUGAGGAGCCGACACUUAUCCACUCGCAGAAAGGCAUUGCCUUGAUUCAUGAGGUUAUUCCACACAUGCUGCUCAUGAAACACCGUCUUAUCCGUAUACGCGACGCUAUUCACGACGCUGAAACCGAACAGCCACCCCAGCUUGUAGCUUGUGUUGCUGCUGUUGCAGCAAUUCAAGUUAUUGAUAAGUACCUUAAACUGCUGGAGGGCGCAGACAUAUAUUGGCUUGCUAUUGUGUUAUGCCCUUGGUACAAGAUGCAAUGGCUUGAAGAGCAUGGCUACCCAUCGUUCCUUAUUGAACGAGUUCGCCGGGUGCUCUUUGAUAGAUUUGCCAGCUAUAGCGUUCGGUUUGGGUCGCAACAGGAGUCCACCCGCGCGGCAGCUCCUACUCAAAUGGCGAACCUUCCACGUCGCCGUUUCAUGCACGUACCAAGCUCAAGCUCCCGUACCGAUUCCCCAUAUACAACUAUAUCGGCCCCUCUUUCAGUCUACCUUUCCUCCUCACCUGUUAGCGAAGCAGAAGUCUUGCAGGUUGGCGGACUAAUUCAAUACUGGGAUAAUGUAUCAAGAACUGUAAACGGAUCUAUUCUUGGGAGAAUGGCACUCGACAUCUUGAGUGCGCCAUCGUCCUCAGUUGACGUCGAGCGAGCAUUCUCGGGAGGGAGAAUGGCUCUUAAUUACCGCCAACAUCGCACAAGCGUGGCUACGUUUCGCGCGAAGAUGGCUGUUAGGUCGUGGUAUGGUACACCUUUGUUACCUGAAGCUCAAGACGUGUACGAAAUGAUUGAAGGAAGGGGUGCCACCGAGCCUGAGCCGCUGGACUGA